UCUCGGCACAAACUUUCAUUUAAACAACCCCUUGAGUGCGCACUGACACACACAGCAGGAAGAGGGUGUGUGUUUGUGUGCGCAAGAAAGAGUGGGAGACUAAAUCCAAGAGGGAAAAGGAUACAGAAACAGCAAGACAAAGAGCAAGAGACAGAGCCAACAGUUUGAGUUAUUUGGACGGGCAGUUGGGGGCCUACUGUGAAUAAUGUACAAGGACUGAUUUGCGGAGUAAUGGAAGUUGACUGACAGGACAACAAACCAGUCCACCUGUCCAGCACUGCCGGCUAUUGUUGGAAGAUUGAUCACUGUAUAUGACUUUUAGAGGACCUUCGACACUUUGAACUUUUCAUACACUGGACAAUUUGGGGAUUGAAGAGUUCACGCAAGGAAAAACCACGAUUUCUGAGGACAAACACUACAGCUUUGAGUAAGAACAGGAGCAAAUUCUUCAUUAUAACAUAACUGUAUAAAAGCAUUGAUUCCAGUGUUAUAUGAUUUACAGAAAUAAUAUUCUGUAUUCAUAAUGUAUAGGUUUGUGCAGCAAAGAAAAUACAUUCAGAUCUUAGAUAUUAUUAUGUUAAGGUCUCAAUAAAUAACCUUUACGUUUACUGUGCAAACUUGUACAUAACAGUGUAUAAAUGUGUCUUGAUGUUAAGCACACUACUGUAAUUACAAAGCAAGCUUAGGCGAACAUUACAGACAUUUAUAAUUAAGGACCAUCUAUAAAAAGGCAACCAAGGAAAGGGUGAAGUCUGUGCCCAGCAAAAAAAGAGUGGGCCACAAGGACAGCACGUCAAGAAUCUCACCAAGAAAAACAGCUGCUUCUGGGAGCCUCGACACACAAGAUGGAUUCUAAUGGAGGACACUACCUCAACAAAGAAGCUGUGCUGUCACCUUUAGGUAUAUCCCGAAUGUGCCAGCUGCUCCUCGGUUGCACCAUAAUGGCCCUUGUCUCCCACAGCGCAGGCUACAGCGCCAGCUAUGGACAAUUUUGCAUGUUUGUGUGGUGCUUCUGCUUUGCUGUCACACUGGUUGUGUUCACCCUGGAUAUCACACGGCUCCACGCAUGCAUGCCUAUUUCCUGGGAUAACUUCACCGUGGCCUUUGCCAUGCUGGCAACACUCAUGUAUAUCACUGCCUCCGUGGUCUACCCUGUUUACUUCCUCCAAACAGAGUGCCCUGAUGAAAGCUGUGAGGUUCAAUUCUACCGCAUUGCUGUCACUGUCUGCUCCAGUGUCUGCUGCUUCCCCUACGGUGCUGAGGUUUUCCUAACUCGAGCAAAGACGGGAGCCGUGGUGGGUUACAUGGCUACUGUUUCCGGUCUACUCAAGGUGGUCCAGGGUUUUGUGGCCUGUAUCAUUUUCGGGGCCCUGGCCAAUGACAGUGAGUACACCCUCCACAUUGCCACUCAGUACUGUGUGGUGGUGUACAGCCUGUGCUUCACUAUUACUGUCAUAGUAGUGGGAGUGACAGUUUCCGGUAGGACCUCUGCCCUGCGGUUCCCCUUUGACCGGUUUGUGAUCGUCUACACCUUCUUCGCUGUGAUGCUUUACCUCAGCACUGCCCUCAUCUGGCCCAUCUUCAGCUUUGACAGGAAGUACGGCACCUCUACUCGUCCUGAGGAUUGCCCACGCGGAGAAUGUCCCUGGGACAGUAAACUCGUUGUGGCUGUGUUCACCAACGUAAACAUGAUCCUUUAUUUUGUUGACCUUGUUUACUCCCAGAGGAUUCGCUUCGUCUCCAGCUCUGCUGUCUGAACCCCCCCUCUCCUAAAGACUAUAGACUCAAAGACAAAUAAAGACAUUUCGAAACUAUC